AAAGAAAAAUUUAAAAAUGGUCAAAGAUUCUGGCAGAGAUAUUAUUCUCAAUUUCUCUCUCAUCUUCAUUUUUCUAGACUGCCACAUCCACAGCAGCACAGAGCACCAGCAGGACCCGCAUCAGACCCUCUCCUCUGCAUUUCCUCUUUUCAGUAGCACCUAACACACUGCUUGCAUUUCGUCUCUCCAGUCGCACCCAACACACUGCUUGCAUUUCCUCUUUCCAGUAGCACCCAACACACUGGUUGCAUUUCCUCUUUCCAGUAGCACCCAACACACUGCUUUUCCUUUAAAUCGGAAACUUUCCAGUAGCACCCACAAUACUUUUCCUUCAAAUCGGAAGUUUUCCGGUAACACCCAGCAGUUUCCUCUUCCAUUGUCGCACACACACAGGUUAUCCACUGUCGCAGACAGAGGUGGUCGUCCAGGCACAGAGGUUGUCCGUUCGUCGUCACGCAAAGGCCAGAGAGAUAGAAGAGCUCAUCCAGCGCCGGCCAAUGCAGAGAAAUACCCACCCACAGUACCUUUGAGCACCCAACAAAGACAUGGCUCGUACUCGAGGAGGUUCCUUUUCACAUCGCGGAGAGAGUUCGUCACAGGGUGAGAGGCGGAGACCUACAGCUUCUGCUCGUAGAAGACGUGGAGCAGUUGAGUCUGAUAUUCAUGUUGAGGACCAAGGAGAUGUGAGGUUUCACGAGGACGCAGUUGAGGAUCAUGAGGAUGUUGCUAAAGGUGGAUUUCCUGGAGGUCCAUUAAACGCUUCAGUAUUGACACAUUACAUUCACCAUGUUGCUUAUGCGAUAUGGCAGGGUCGGGAAUGGGAGGAGAUCAAGUUGAUCUCCCAUGGGAAGAAGUUAAACAGAUUAGGAUCCUGCCAUGAGGGUAUUCGAGACAUCGUUAAUGGUUCUGGUCUGAUGUCUUUGGUGGGCAUGUCAUAUGACUAUGUCGAUAGGGGUCUACUGCUGGCAUUUGUAGAGAGAUUUCAUUUCGAGACUAGCAGUUUCCAUCUCCCCGUGGGUGAGAUGACUUUGACUUUAGAUGAUGUGUCAUCGUUAUUGCACCUCCCAGUUUUAGGGCAGUUAUGUCAUCUAGAGGAAGUAGAUUUUGAAGACAGUAGAUGCGCCAUUAUGGAGCUUUUAGGCGUGGAUGGCGGGAGAGCUGGUGCUGAGUUAACUGCAGCUCACGGUGUGAAAGUCAGAUUGAGCUGGCUUCGAGACAUCUAUGCUGAGCACUGUGAACAGCAGCAAUGGGAGUACGCUGCCCGGGCAUACUUGUUGCAUCUAGUUGGAUGCAGUAUAUUUGCUGAUAAGACUGCAACAUCCAUUCGUGUGUCUUAUCUUUUGCUCUUUAGAGACGUACACACAUGUGGCCGAUAUGCCUGGGGUGUUGCUGCACUAGCAUACAUGUAUGACCAACUAGGAGAUGCCAGCUUGGCUUCGACCAGACAGAUGGCAGGUUAUUUGACUCUGUUACAGAGUUGGAUAUAUGAGCACUUCCCUACAUUGGGAAGAAGGCGUAUGGUGUCUUCGUACAUGGAAGACAGACCUCGUGCUGCAAAGUGGGAGUCACCAAGGCAGGGUUCCACCCUCUUAGAGGUCAGGGUACACUUGGAUGCGCUUACAUAUGAUUCAGUCAUCUGGUACCCUUAUGAGUCACAUCGGGAGAGUCGUCCUUUUUACGGCAUUUGUAUGUUCUCGGGAUGGAUCAGGAUUGGUGAGACAUUGUGUCGACAUUUGCCUGAGCGUGUUUUAAGGCAGUUUGGAUUUCAACAGUCCAUCCCUCGAAACCCACCCGUUGUUGCAGAUGCGGACAUACUGGCGACCGAUGAUGUGUGGUUGCACUAUCGUGAUCACGUUGUUAGGGGUGUGUCCGUAAGCAGAUUCCCAUCUGAUUGUGUUGAUGGUUACCUUCAUUGGUUUAGGAUCAUAUCUCAUCCUUACAUUAUUCCGGCUGCUGAUGACGACCGACCGAGUCUUGCUCCCAGACUCCGACGUGACAUUUCUGAUGAAGUGCCGCAGCGUCGUAGAUCGGCUUCACAGUCUGGUUUACUGGGUGUAGUGAGGACAUUUGGUAAAAGGUUACAACAAAUGCUCUCUUGUAAGGAAAUUCCCGAGGGGACGAUAGGAUACACUCAUGCACGGGAACUACUGGAUUUAGCUGACGCAGCCGUUGAAGAGUACUCACCGACCAGGAUAGCUGCCAGGAAUGUUCGUGACAGGCAUGUUCGUGGAAGACGAUCUACUUCAAAUUGAAUUAGCUUUUAUACUUUUAUUGUAUCCCAUUAUAUAAUUAUU